AAAAUUUUCUUUGACGAAUGAUUCUUUUGGUAAGUUGAAGAAAAGUUGAAUUCGAUGAAGAGAUAUAAAUAAAUAAGUAACAGAAGUACAUGAAAACUUUUCAAUCAAUAAAACGAAAGAAAACAAAUACAGUUGAUUAAGAUUUUAUUUGCAAAUGAAAGACUAAUAAGACGAAUGUAUAAAAGAAUGAGUCUAAGAAAAUGAAAUGUUGAAACCAAGACAAAGUUGUAUAUCAAUCGUAUAAGAUAAACAAUCUUCAUAUUUUUGUUAAGAUUAAGGAAUAGAGAAAGAAAAAGUUCUGUUCUUGAUGGAAAGUUAUGAAAACCUUUGAUGUUUCAUUUCAUGUGUCUCAAUGAAACCAUCUUUGUCGAUGUAGUUGUAAUAUAAAUUAUUCUAUGAUUUGACUUCAUAUUUCAUGCAGCGAGUUUGAUUCAUCCAAAAUAAGAUAAAUGAAAUGUCACAAUUCUAACAACUAUGAUUUUUCUUCUUCUUUUUUUUGUAAAAAAUGAAUUUUCAUAUAAAGAAAUGAUUGAUUGAUGAUUUGUUCUUUCGAUAGUGAUCAUAACGUUUAAUUGGAGAGAGUAAUAUUUGAUAGUUGAAGGUAAUCUGCUAUAUGUAAUUAUCAAUGAGAGAUAUAUAUGUUAGUAUUUCUAUAAUUGUAAACAAAGAAUAUUUUCUAUAAAAGACAAAAGUUGUUUAUUUGAUAAAAUUUCAGACAAACAAAUUAACAAAGUCUUGUGUAUAUUUUAAAACUUCAAUGAGAAGAAGUUUUUCGAUUGAUAAAAGAUUUGUUAAUUGUACAAAUAUUUAUUUUACUUUUCCUUGGAAAUAUGUAGUUAAUGAAUGUCUUCUUUUUGAGAGAAUUAUUUGUUCUUUUCACAUGAAAUUAAAGAGUUUCUUUUUGAAGCUUCUUGAGAUAGAAAAUGUUCGAGUGAGAAUUUGUACAAAAAAUGUUUGUAGAGAGAAAAUAAGAAUUUUUGACAACAACCAUAAAAAAUCGUCUUUUUUUUCUUAUUAUUAUCAUUCAGUAUCGAUAUGACGUGUAUAGUGACAUUAUUCUUUAUUUAAUGAAGCUUACUAAAAUAAAUUGAGUUAUGUUCCAGAGAUGGGCAAGUACCGACUUUCUCGAGUACGAGUACGAGUACGAGUAUCGACCUUUCGAGACUUAAAUACGAAUUUUUGAAGUGGUUGUUGAGGAAAAUAGGUCAUAUUUACUUCAACAAACAAAGUAUUCAAAAAAUUAACAACCAAAACUUUUUUCAAACUACUUUUAUUAUUAAAUUUGAAGAUAAAAAUAUGAUAACAGAUCUUUAUUACAUUUUAAGAAAGUAAUUAAACAAACAUUUUUGGCAGCUAGUUUUGCUCGAUGUGGACGCAUGAUUAAAACCACAUUGAGAAAAAAUUCUUUCUAUUGUAGCAGUUGUUGCUGGUACUGACAAGUAUUUCAAUUCAAGUUGAUAUAAACAUGGAUAUAGAUAUAGAUGUUUCUUUGUAAAAAGUAAAUCUUGUUCACGACUUUUUUCACUUAAAAAACCAUCAACUUCGAGUAAAACUUUUGUUUUAUCAUCAGAUAAAAUCCUUUUGUUAUCAUUCAAAUAAGGAAAUAGACAUUUUCGUUUACUGAAAGAAUCAGUUUUUCUUAUUGAAGCAUCAGUAAUAUCAGUUCCAGCUGUAUUUGAUACAUCAACUCCCACAGUGUUUGAUAAUUGAGAGGUUAAUUUAGAUAAAAAAUGAACAAAAGCACCACGAAUUUUUUCAAGAACACGUCCUUUUACAAUAGUCUUAAGGUUAUUAAGCCAAUCAUAUAUGGAUGUAUAGUAUUAGUCAUAUUACUAGUACAAAGAAAUAAGAGAAUAGUUAAAGAGGAUAAAGAAAGCACGAUAUGGUGACUGUCAUACAACUAAUGUGUCAUACAUUACAUAUACUUAGAUCGAAAAAUUUAUGACUAUUUAGUACAACGUUGGAGAGUAUAAAAUCCUAGGCAUUUUUAAUAAAAUAUAUUUCAUUUAGAAUCUCGAGUAUUUAUGCCCGAGUACGAGUACGAGUACCACCAAAUUCGUACUCGAGUACGAGUACUUCGAGUAUUUCGCCCAUCUCUGUUAUGUUCGCAAUAAAUUAGAUAACAUACAGAUAUUUAUCGCUUUUCUCUCAUUUCUUCUCUAAGUCGACUUUAAAUUUUUAUAAAAAAGACUUGAGAAAUUUUGAAUAAAUAUUUCAAAGAAAGAUCUGAAAUGAUACAUCUUCAAAAUUAUUUUUAAAAAUAAAUCACUUUUAUAAUUAAAAUUCACUUGAGAGAAAGGCAAAUAAAAUGUUCAACGUUGAAAGAAAGAAAUUUCUUUUUUUCUAUUGUUUUUGUUUUGCUUUAAAUAAAUAAAUUCUUUUAUACAAUUUAUUCAGAUCUUUAACAAGAUCAUCACAAUAUAUAUUCAUAUCAAAAUCAAUAAAAAUCAUUUCUAAACUCAAUUUUAACGAACAGUUCUAAAUGUCUUUUUCAUCAGAAAUUUCUUUGAAGAAACUUUGUUUUUCUUCUACGAACAUAUUAAUUAAUAAUUUCAAUUCCUUUACGGUUUUUCAAUAAUAUUCGUUCCAUUUUUCUCGUUUUUAGUUCUUUCAUUCAAUCAACCAAAGUUCUGUCUAACAGCCACUUGGAAUCCCAAUGGAAUUACCAUUGCUAAUCAAUCGAUCGUUGGUAUUAGACCUUUCGGCAUUUUUGUGAACACAAACAAUACAAUCUAUGUUGCUAAUAAAGAAAAGAACACAAUUCUAAUAUGGCAAGAAGAGAGCAUCAAUCCAACAAAGAACAUUCAAGGUAAUUUUACGGAACCCAUUUCUCUCUUCGUGACAUCAAAUGGGGAUAUUUAUAUUGAUGAUGGUAUUAAGAAUGGUCGAGUACAGAAAUGGAGUGCAGAAAAAAAAAACUUUGUCACAGUGAUGAAUGUCAACUUAUUUUGUCGUGGUUUGUUUGUCGAUAUCAAUGAUACUCUUUACUGUUCAAUGUCUCUUUAUCAUCAAGUAGUGAAAAAAUCAUUGAAUGAUCCUUUGGGGAUUUCAGUUACUGUUGCUGGUGUAAUAACUGAUCAUCCAGAAUCAGUCCCAAGUAAACUCAAUAAUCCUCAUGGAAUCUUUGUCGAUGUGAAUUUGGAUUUAUAUGUGGCAGAUUCUCAAAAUCAUCGUGUUCAGUUGUUUCAGCCGGGAGAAUCAAAUGGCAUCACAGUGGCUGGAAGUAGAUCACUAAAUCCAACAAUUAUACUUAAAUUUCCAACUGGAAUUGUCUUAGAUGCUGAGAAAUAUUUAUUCAUUGUGGAUCAAGGCAAUAGUCGAAUUGUUGGUUCAGGCUUGAAUGGUUUUCGAUGUUUAGUUGGAUGUUAUGGAGAGGGCUCAGAAUCCAAUCAAUUGAAUUAUCCAUCUAGUUUGAGUUUCGAUCGUUCUGGAAACAUGUUUGUUGUUGAUUCAUCAAAUUAUCGAAUUCAAAAAUUUAAUUAUUUAAAAAGAUAUUGUGGCAAAACUUCCUUGGUUCUCCAAAAAGUCUAUUCAUCAUCAUUGACUAAGAACAAUCAAAUUUAUUAUCGAGAUUGUCAGAAAGAACAUUUUUAUUAUGAAUCUAUUCAAGUGAAGGUGAUUGAAAGUGGUUACUACACUUUGCAUGGCAGCGGUAAAAUCGAUCCAUAUGGAUCGAUUUACAAAAAUAAAUUUAACUCAUUUGAUCCAUCAGAUAAUUUGUUCGAUCAAGAUUAUGACCGUGGCUCUAAUGUUCAGUUUAAACUCGAUGUUCAUCUUUAUGCUGACAUGACAUACGUAUUGGUUGUGACAACAUAUGAAUCAAAACAAACUGGAGAAUUUUCAGUCGUUGUAUUGGGUAAAAACAAAGUUUUUCUCGAACGUCUUAGUACUCCAGUAAAUAUUCAAUUAAGAUAUUCAUCAAAAUUAAUCGAUGAUAGUCCAACGUUUUAUCGAGAUUGUAAAGUACCACAAUGCCAUUAUGAAGCUUUACAAAUUUAUGUUAAUACAACGGGUUUAUAUGUUCUGUGGAGUGAAAGUAAUAUUAAGGCAUAUGGAUAUAUAUACGAAAAUGAUUUUAAUCCUCUAAAACCAUCUGACAAUUUACUCGUAUCACAUGGCGGUAAAUGUAAUUAUGGAGAGUUUAAAUUAAUCAUCGAUCUCGAGGCCAAAAUUCGAUACAUAUUAGUUGUGACAACACAUGAGCCUAAGAUAUUUGGGAACUUCUCUAUCUUUAUUUCUGGACCAAACAAUGUCACUCUUAGUCCUUUCAGCCCAAAAGAAAGUCGUUGUGUGAUUGGUGAUCAAUGUAACUUUUACAUGAAAGGAAUUGGUUUGACUCUCGAUGAUAUUUUACGUGAUGAACUUCAACCGAACAAAGUGUUGAAUAAUCAAACAUUUUCGAUUAAAUUCAGUGCGGGUUUAACAAUAAUUAUGUUUGUCGCAGGAUUAAUCAAUAGUAUUCUUUCUUUUAUGACAUUUCAAAAUAAAGAUUCUCAACAAGUUGGAUGUGGAAUGUAUUUAUUGACAUCGUCGAUUACUUCUUUUUUGGCAAUUAGUAUGUUCCUAAUCAAAUUUUGGUUUGUUGUUCUUACUCAUAUCAAUGUGUCCACUAGUCUCUCUGUUCUUCGUGGAGGUUGUGUAUUUAUUGAAACAAUUCUAAAAAUUUUUCUCUACUUCGAUGGUUGGCUUAAUGCUUGUGUAGCAGUUGAACGAGCAGUACUUAUUUUUAAAGGAGUAAAAUUUGAUAAAAAAAAGAGUAAAUCUUUUGCUCGACAAAUAAUUCUUAUUCUACCAUUCUGUAUUUUGGGUACUCUUAUUCACGAGCUUGUAUAUCGUGAAUUGUUCGUUUAUGAAACAGGACUAGAUAAGAUAGAUACGAAUAAGACGAAUGAAGACACAAACAAACGAUAUGUAUCAUGUAUCACUCGUUAUUCUUCUUCUGUCCAAGAUUACAAUACAGCCAUUCUAUUUUUUCAUCUUGUUGGUCCAUUUAUUGUCAAUCUUUUCUCUGCAUUAUUCAUCAUCUUUGGAGGUGCACGACAACGAUCAAUGGCGCGGACUGACCAGAAUUUUAAAGAACAUAUUCAAGAACAAUUCAGCGAACAUAAACAAUUGAUCAUUAGUCCAAUAAUUUUACUCGUUUUAUCAAUACCUCGUCUGAUCAUUUCAUUACUUACUGGUUGUGUGAAAACAUCUGAGAACUUGUGGUUGUAUCUUGGUGCAUAUUUCAUUUCGUUUACUCCUUCGAUGCUGAUCUUUCUUAUCUUUGUCUUUCCUUCGGAAUUGUAUAUGAAAGCGUUUAGACAAUGGUUUAAUCGUAUUCGACAGCGUACUCCUCCGUAA